UGAUGUACUAAAAUUUUUAAUACCAAAAUUUCUGCAAUUCUUCAAAACGAAAUUUAUAAAUCAAUUUAAAUAAACACAACAAAUAAGUGAAUGAAUUGUUCAUAACAUUUAACAUUUAAUAUCAACAACAAGAACCAAGCGGUCAGUAAUAAGAACAACAACAACAUGGCGUCAGCAUUUGAAUACCUGUGUCGGGUUUGUGCUGCCAACACGAAAGGCAAAAAUUCUGUUCCCGAAUGUGUUUAUAUAUUGAAGACGCCAGCAUUAAAGGAUAAAAUUGAGAAAUUUCUAUAUUUAACGAUUUCCGAAGAUGACAUACUGCCGAAGGUGCUGUGCAAAGCUUGUUACCGCCAAGUGGAAGCUACUGCGUCGCUGUCAAAAAUCGCCAAACACACGCAAAAGGUUUUCCGAGACUUCAUCUUCAAUACCAAGUCAUAUCUGCAGGCGGAGAGCAGCGAGAGCAGCACCAGCCCCGAAGUCACAACUACUGCACCUACACGCACCCUUACGGCUCCUGCAAACACCUUUACAGCUCCUGUAUCCAACUUUACAGCUCCUGCAACCGCCCAUUCAGCUCCAGCACCCAUAUUUUCAUCUCCCGCAUCCAUCUUUACAGCUCCUGCAUCCACCUUUAAAGCACCGCCAGCCAUCUUUACAGCUCCUACACCGACCCCUACAACAACAACGACAACAGCUCCGGUGGUACCAGUACAGGCAAAGCCAAAACCAAAAGAAAAGGAUAAGCCGAUUGUUAAAAGCGUUGAGUUAAUAACACCAACGUCACAGCCACCACCCUCUAAAUGUUCCCAUAAAGAUGACGUUAUCCUAAACGUUUCCGUCAACGAUCCGCUAACGCGUGAGACACAGCACAAAAUGAUAACCGCAUCGCGUCGCCAAAACUCACUGGACUCUCGCUACACACCGAAAUCAAUUGCGCAACGUGGUUUUACUAGCACGCCAAAGCAGCCAGAAAGCAUAACACCAACAAAGAAGCAAACAACAUCAGGCGUCAUCAACUUUUUCCCAAAUCGGCCACAGCAGGUGACGACCGUCACUAGCGGCGGUUAUGUAAUUGGCUGCACACCGAGCAGCGCGCCAACAAGCAAGGCCGCAACAUCCGACCAGCCUGCACCUGCACCUGCAUCUGCACCGCCCACAAAUACUUUGCAACAAAAGCGCAAAAAUCUUAAAACGGCACUGAACAAUAGCAAAACAUCGAAUGCUGGACAGGUUUCUCUGCUGAAGGUCUCCCAAAAAGCGGCGGUGGCGGCGGCUCCCACGAAGAGCAGCCAGCCACCGAAAGUAGUUGAACCACCAACAGUGCUGGUGGAAGAUGAUGUGCCAGCUGAGCCGCUGCCGGAAAAGAUGAUUAUUGCGGCAACAAAGCAGCAAAAACAUCUAACACAAGUAGCACCCACCGCACCAACAGCACCUCAGCCUACGCCACCAAACGAGCCGGAAUCUGAGCAGCAACCACAAACCGAGCCAACCGAUUUGUCGCAACCGUUCAGGACGAAUAUUCCCGAUGAUAUUUUGCUCGGCAAAGUCAUUAAAGAUGGCGAUCUGCUCAAACUCAUUUUGAAAGCACUAAAAUGGCCAGUAAAAAGAAAUAAUAUGGAAGCACAACUAGAACGGCUGCGUAAUUCACGUUUCGCACACAUCAUGGCUGAUCCAAAUCUGCUGCAGGAUGCUGACCUCACACAAAUAAUGGGACCCUACUUGGGUCCCGUACUACAGGCUGCCCAAAUGUUGCAACAACAGCAGCAGAUAGCAGCUGCCGCGGCGGCGGCAGCAGUCACCAAAGAAACUGAGUUGCAGAUGGCGGGCAUAACAACAUCACUGCCGUACAAGCUGCCGGCAGAGACUUCAGUACAGUUGGUGCCAGCAAGCCCAGAGGCAGAAGCAGAAGAAGCGGAUGCUGCCGCGGCUAAGAAGAGCACUUCAACUCAGUCUCUAAAGCGAGACGCCGGAAAAGCGAGCGCGAAGCGGGCGCCUCCCAGGAAAGUGCGCAAGAUGGCACCGAGGGGGCGCAGCGCGUCGACAUUCAACAGUGACGAAUACGCAGCGCUAAACUCUACACUUAAUUCACAGUACUUAAGCCCUAAGUCUGCACCUGACAUCCCCGUCGACUUAGAUCCAUCCGCUCUGUUCACACAACUGAGCUUGUUAAGCGGACUCAGUGCAUCCAGCUCGAAUGAAGCACUUCUUGCAUUGCUAGAACGCCAGCGCGUCGCGCUUUCGCGUUUGCAACAGCAACAGCAACAACCGCAGCCACAGCCACCGGCCCAGGCGCGUCGUCAGCGUAGCAACUCGAUUAUUACAGUACCUGCCAGUGGUUCUGACUUCCUUUUCGAUACGGAUGACAUUAUACUGAUGGAGCCAGAUGAUUGUUUGGAGAACACAACAACAAAUUUACAAAAUAAUCUCGAUAACAACACUGGUAGUUCCUCGGCCAUCUCGCAAAGUGGCCCUGUCAACACUUUUCCAGUGCCACAGCCGGUAUCCAAGACAAUGAUCACACGCCCAAUAAUCAAACGCCGUAAAACGGUUAUACAAGCGUCUCCAGCGCGCACUAAUCUUGCCAUAAAUACACAGCCCGUGCCACCAGCAUACACUAAGCCUGCUGAGAGUGUAAUUACCAACGCUACUAGGACCAAAGUAUCCACGAGCGUCACCAAUCUAAUGCCAUCAUUGUCAGCAGCAACUGCGCCGCCGCAAAAGAAAAUCUCCAAAACUCAAUCGCUGGAUAGUCUUAACACAAUUGCAACCCAAUAUCCGUCGAAUAUCAUUUCGAGUGGCACACAGGCUCCCUCGAACACCACAAAUGUGAGCGUCAGCGAAGCAGCAGCCACAGCUAUCAUGACGAAAGCAACCGAAACCGCACUGAUAGUUACGGCCUCGGCGGCAACCAGUGUAUCUUCGUUGGUUGCAAGCACUUCCGCCUCGAAUGUGACCGCUGUCAGCACUGUUGCAGCAGAAAAGUCAACCACACGCAGCAGCAGUAGCUCCACCAAAAGGCAAUCCACGAGCAAGCUGGCACUCGGUCAGCAACUGCUCGAGGCAAUUUGUUUGCAGACGAUUGCAGCGGAGACGAAAGAUAUCGCUGUGGUGCCUGCAGGCGCAGCAGGUGGACGCGGCUCGGUGCAGCAAAUACGCAGUGCAUUGAAAAAGUCGUUACAAAAAGCGCAAGAACAGCAGCAGCAGCGUAACAAAAAGGCAGCACCGGCGACUAUUGAUGAGGAAAACGUAGAGCGGAAUGUAAAUAUUGUAAGGGAAGUUGUUGAACAACCACGCAGCAGACACAGGGGCAAUAUGCCGGCUGGACAGUUAGAUGUGGAAGAGGAGAUCAACAGAAUUACGUUGGUGUUACAGAGCAAGGCUAAGGAGGAUAAGAAAAUCGAAGAAGCCGAUAAGCGGCUGACCGCAGCAGCAUCAACUAGAAUCCCGGGUAUAAGACGGAAAAUAGUGCCCACCACACGCAAUCGUAGGCCAACAGUAACACUACUAGUGGCUGACGAAAUUGUCGACCUAGUCGCCGAUGAAGACAAUCAAGAUUCGGCUGAUGGAAAAAGUGCCGAUAACGAUAAAGGCAAUGAAAAUGAUAAAGAAAAGGAGACAACUGCUUCGAAUAAACCAAAGGAAAAAGUUAAGACCUAUUUGAACGCGGCAUCCUUAGCAACACUGCAGCGCUCUCAGAAAUCUGACACGAAAGAGCAAAAAGCCGUUACGCCAAUGCACAAACGCGGACGAAAUAUACAGCUAGACGAAUCGGAUGACGAUGAUGAUGAUGAAGAUAAUAAGCCUCUGAAGCCCAGAACUGAAAAGCACUCCGACGAAAAGCAGGAAGUCGGUUCGCGUACGAGUACGCCUGCGUCAUGGCAACGCAGCGAGAGUGCCACAAAUACACUUACCAGCGCACGUCCAUCGCGCGUCAGCAAAACGAUGUCGAGAUACUACAAGGGGCCAGAUAAAUCACCAGGAACAACGAGCCGCUCAACAAUGGCAACACGCAGCAGAUUUAGAAACUAAACUAAGCUUACCAACCAGUUUUGAGGUGCAA